AAACAUCAGCGAGGUAAAUGCGCGAUGGGGGUGGUGAUGUGAGUGGAGGAAAUUAGGCGUUGCUGGUAAAAACACAAAUAUCUUGCAAUAAAGUGGCUUUAAAUAGGAAAAUAAAUAGUGACGAUAGGUCUGAUAUGAACAAGUUGCAAUCAUGAGUAUGUUACUAAGCUACUAAAUGCAGAAACAACGUGCAAAAUUCAUGAAUUAGUGCCAAAAGAGGACUAUGCGAUUCAAUAAGCUCGAACUGGCAACUCUUGCCACGCAGCCAAGCAAUAAAUUCGAGAAGGAGGGACUCGUCUGGUUUACGGACAGAGAAGGCUUCUUCCGGCGCACUGAAGGGAAUCACGAAAGUGGAUCAGGGCAACGUGGUUCUUGGAAAAGGCGAAAGAGUUUGAGUUGUAUAGGUGGCACCGGCAAAGUGAGCACGGAGCGUUGGUGUCGUUUGCGUGGAAAUUUGCUCUUCUAUUUCAAGACAAGCGAUCAGUUUUCAGAGCCACAGGGUGUUAUUGUGCUGGAGAAAUGCAAGGCCACCAUUUACAGUGAUAGUCGCGAAUCGGAUGGUUUUGUCUUCUACAUUGAAUUUGAUGAUGGUGUAACACAGAGAAUUGCCACAAAUUCCGAGGCGGAGCGCCUGGAAUGGACACAAGCCAUCCAGAUGGCAAGCUAUGGGGAGUUGAGGAAGCAACUCCAGGUGCUCAUGGAGAAAAUUGAACGGAAGCGCGGGAAUACGCACGACCUCGACGUUGAUAUGUUGCGAUUGCAAAAUGGAAGAGAAAUCGACAUCAAUGAGAUACCUCUGUGUCAAUCUGCAAUUAUGUGUGACAAUCUCUUGUGUGAUGGCAAUGGUAGGCCACCGAAUCCAUCAGUUGUAGUUCAAGUUACCACAACUAAUCGCUUGGGGUGGAUUAAAUAUGGACGAACUGAAGUCAUUGAGAGAUCAUCUAAUCCGCAAUUUAUGUGCACCAUCACAUUUCGCGCAUCAGACGGGCUAAAUUCAUCGUCUCAAAUACGUUUUACGGCAUACGAUGUCCGUGAAAAGGUUUCCCAGACAGCAGUACCCCUGGGGACGGCUGAAAUUGCAUUGGGUGUGAUACAAGAUACAUCCCGCCUGAGAAUUCCCUUUAGGUCUAAUAGUGGCAAUGCAGGUUUCAUAACAAUCUUGUCAUGGAGUCCGGAUCAAGAUAAAAAGCCAUCGACGUCACGAUCGCCAGCAAAGGCGGCGGAACACCAAACAAUGGGACAUCGAAGAUCCCAAUCGCUCCCACCAAAAUUAGGUGUGAAGCUCUUUGUUCCACCUCAAGGGAGACUAUCGCUCAUCUAUACAAAUCCCAUAAUUCACACGUAUCGAUUGCAAUCGGGUCUUGGUGGUGAUAUUACGGUGCACGAAAUGAUGCUUGAGAGCCAGCUAUGCUUCCUAAUUCCGCAGCAAUUGCUGUCCAUUUGGAUACUCCGUGAAAAGGAGCUACUGCAGGAAAUUUCCGGGAUGGGUGAAUUAGGUGGGGAAUGGCGCAAUAAGCAGAUGGAAUUGCUGGACAAACAUCUGCGACUCCUGAAAGAUUACUCGCAGGCAAAGCAGAAUUUGCAACAGUGUGCAGGGAAAUACUUUAAGCCAUCGAGUCAUAAAGAUGAUGAAUCAUUGGAAUUUGCACCAGUUAAUCUCCAUUUGCAGCGUCUUUGGGCACACAAUGAGACUCUCAAGCGUUCGGGGGUGCUUGACAUUGUGACAGUUGGUGCCUUCACCAGGCACAGUGGAAAAACCAAGACUGGGGGAUUGAUCAAACAGCUGCAGCAGCUAAAGCAAUCACCAUCGAAAAUGGAGCAACUGCAAAAUGGAUGCAAAGUUCAAGCGGCAAAUGAUGCAGUUCAAGCAAUAAAGCAACUCCGGAAGGAAAUUGUGGAGAUCAUGUCGCAACUCCUGAUGUUGGCAAAAAGUAAAAAUCCCAAAGGGAUGCUGCCCCUUUGCAAUGAGAUGAUGACAAAAACACGAUCACUGCUGACACUGUGGGAACCCAGUUUGGUGGAGGAGGCAUUUGAAUUUAUCGAAAGGCAUCGUAUAAUUGAUGAUGCCACCGAUAAUACGCUCACCCCACUGUCGCCAUUUAAGAAAAUAACCCAACAACUGGGUGCUCUGGAUCUCAAAUCACCGGAUUUAGAGGAUUUUGCCACACCAAUGGGUCCUGCUCCGGAUCUCUGGCCACGUUCAGCGGGGAAAUCAAUGAAAACCCCCACAGGGACACUCAAAGGAAAAUCCCCAUCAGCUACGGACCUCAAUACCCUCUCAACGAUCCUCGUGGAGGCUGCAGCAUCAUCCAAGAAUGAUGCUCAAACUGAAGCUGAAACACUCUCGUGCUCACUACCCGUUACAUGCAAUAUGGAUACCGAAAUGAAAUUCAAUGAGACACAUUUUGAUGUGAAUGGUGAAAUUUCAACAAUUGACUCCUCAGCAGCAGUGAGAAAUUCCACGGAAGAUACAACAAGCAAUGUGACACAGAUGGAAUCAUUCGAUGAGAAUGGAUAUGCGCUGGAUAAUCCGGCAAUUGUUUUGGGGCACAAUGGGGCAUUUUUGGAUAUGAAAGUAAUGAGUUCGAGCCCUUCGGCAAACUACUAUCGUCCCACGGAGGAACCUGAACCACUGGACUUGACACAAUUGAACAUUGAGGCGUCUGUCAUGUGCCUUGUGAGUAAGGUGAAAUUCCUAUGUGGACGCUGUGGGAGUCCGGCUGUGAGAUUAAGGCAACCCAAGAGUGUGAUCAAGAGAACGGGCUUUACGGUAACACCUCCCGAUGUGGUGACAAGUCAACCGGGGCUGCAAAAUGUACAACAUGAGGCAGCAGCACCAGCAACAGCAGAGUCUUCCAAUCAACCAACAUUGAAUAAAUCUGCAAAUUUGUGUGGGAAAGAUCUCAAUUUGGCCCUCACUCAGGCCAUUGGGGAGGUCACAAGGAAGGUGAAGAAAGGCAAUAAAUUCACCGAUGGACUGGAUUUAUCAAUGACAACAGAUUGGACCUCCGAACUGAGACCAUCAAUGCGGAAGCUGCGUCAGGCUAUGGAUGGAUUGCUAAAGACAGCCAGAUUGAUUCAUUCAGUGCAGAGGCUCCAGCAGGAUAUGAAGAGAACAACUACAACCCUCAAUAUCAUGUAUCGCCGUGAUGUGUGUUUCUCCCAAGCACUUACGGCUUUGGUGUCGGGUUUAAUGGGUAAACUCUGGGGAACGCAGAUUACGGAGAAUUUCAUCCAGCUAAUGUGUAAUUUGGGCCCACUGGCAUACUUCGAGGGACUCCUAUCACUCUAUGGCUCUGAAACAGACAUGUGGGGUGAUAUGUGUGUAGCUAUUGAGGAUCUCUCAUCAGUUCGCUUCACCCUUAUUCGUAGCAACAUUCAGCGAGACACAAAACUCCUUCCAUUCCCGCGCAUUGUUGGCUCCAGGCAAUCCCUUACAGUUCUACUGCCUGUCCCGGAGAUAGUUUACUGUGCCCUACCCACGAAGGAGACUCCAUCAUUCAGGGUGACUCCUGUUUUCUUCAACAUUGGCAUCAAUGAGAAGGCAACGUUGUCCGAAACACUGCGAUACACAACGGAACAGCAUCGCUCAAAUUGGGACAACUUCGAUAGACUCAAGCAGUACCAUAUUCGGUAUAAGAAACUCAAUCUCACCGUACCGGAGACACCAACGAAAAGUGAACCACAUGUGCCAACACAAACUGUCGUGAAUCUUCUCAAUACAAUGGAAGAUCAAUUGAAGCUGAAUCCAUCGAAAAAUGUGAAAAUCCUCAGUUUGGCAGAAGAUAUCACGAGAGCCCUCCACGGAGUACAAUUUACAUCGUGCAAAAGUGCCAAAGAUAGAACAGCAAUGGCUGUAACACUCCAGCAAUGUAGAAUUCUUCAGCAAGAGUUCCAUCUUCCCGCAACAAGUAUGCAAAUAGUCAUGGACACAAUGAGGAGUGAGGGAACAAGAGCAGACAACACGAUGAAAAACAUCGGUUUACGGAAAUAUGCAUUCAAUCUGCCUCAAGUACUCGCACUUCCAAGUCUCUAUCGCCCUCCGGCAGGAAGCUAUGGCAAAGCACAAACUUAAUCAGCAGCCACCACUAAAUGCUGCAUUUCAUCAAACACGCAUGUAUGUAUCCACUGCGAAAAGUAUGUUAACAGCAUAAAAAAAAUAACAUAGCAGUUAGUUUACUUUUCCAUAAUGGGACAGACGAUUUGUAUGUGUUUUUUUUUUAUUUCUUUUAUAAGAUGCAUUUUGUGAUGCAAAGUAAAAUGGGGAAUUUAAUUCGCCAUUAAAUACAGAUAGUACAGCAACUAUUUGCUUCCGGUUAAGUCAAAGUAUACCUACAUACAUACCUACUUAUGUAACAUUUAAAUUGAAACCUUUUUACAUACAUAUAUAAUGUUAUUCGAGAAGAGGAUUUCAUGUUAGAGAUGAUUUAAGGGCGGUCUCUUUUGAGAGCUGGUGAAAUUAAAUGUUUUAUUUUUCUUAGGGUUUUUCUUAAACUUGGUUUUCCGAUGUUGGUUACAUUUGAAGCCUAAUUAUAUGAAGAGUAACAAAAUCACUUUCCGCCAUCUUUUGUGCGACGCCAUCUUGAAAUUUUCCUCAAAACACAAAGGUAGGUUUUUCUCAGGAUCUACUGGAUGGAUUUUGAUGGAGUAAAAAGCAAAUGAAAGUGGAAGCAUUAGCGGAGAAUGCACCGGAACAGAUUUUAGAAUUUCGACUCAGAAGUUGAGAAAAAUAGAUAAAUAUUCUUAUUGACUUUUCUCAACUUCUGAGUCGAAAUUUAAAAAUCUGUUCCGGUACAUUCUUCGCUAAUGCUUCCUCUUUCAUUUGCUUUUUACCCCAUCAAAAUCCAUCCAGUAGAUCCUGAGAAAAACCUACCUUUGUGUUUUGAGAAAAAUCACAAGAUGGCGUCGCACCUAAGAUGGCGGAAAGUGAUUUUCUUACUCUUCAAUAAUUAGGCUUCAAAUGUAACCAACAUCGGAAAACCAAGUUUAAGAAAAACUCUAAAAAAUGACAACUGUAAGCUUUCCUAAGAGACCCCCCUUAACAACAACAAAUUGAAAAGAAAACCAAAGAUUUACGUCAGUAAAUGAUGGUUUAAAAAAUUCAACAAAUAAUUAGGUACCUAUAUUAAAAGGAUACGACAGAAUGUGCCAAAAAAAAAACAAAACACAAAAUCUAAUUUUUAGAAAAUCUUUCAUUUAUUUCUUUUUUAACAAAUUUUUCUUUUAUAAUUUUUUCCCCUAAUUAGACAUUCUAUUCAGUAUUUUUUGUUCCAUUCACAUUUCCCCUCCGUAUUUAGUGACCAUUUUUUUUGUUAAAAGAAAUAAUAAAAAUUUCAUAGGAUUAUACAUAUUUUUUAUUAUCUAUUUAUUCACUGAAUUCCCCUCAAAUUAUUUACUUAAUUAAAUGUUUAUUUCUACAAAAUUUCAAAUGAUUUCAUAUAAAUGAUGUUAUUUGGCUCACCAGCACUUAAACUUAUUUAUAUUUUUUCUCUUUUUUUUGUUUUAUAUACAUUUUACACGAAAUAAUUUAUAUUUUUAUUUAAUUAAGGACACUAAUUACACCAAUUAUACAGUGCUGGAAAUAACUUAAAAAAAUCAUACCAAUUGAUAAAUUUGUAUCUUUUCUCCCUCUCUGUAGUCUUUAAUGUAGGUUUUUAGUUAAGUUUAAACAAACACUGAGAGUUUCCUAAAAAUACUGAAGAAUAAUCAGCAUCAGUUAAGACUAUUACCUUUCAGCUUGAUAAGGAAUUUUUCUUUUCCAUUUAAGGUAAACUAACUAAAACAUUUUAUAUUCUUGCUAUUCAAGAAAAUUUUGAGAGAAAGGCACCUACAAAAAAUUUUUAUAGCUAUUCCCAGUACUGUAUUAGAACCAUAUCAUUUUGCAAUGGGAAAGGUGCAUGAUAAAACUACAUAAUAUGUAGAGAAAUUGAAUUUAAAUUUAAAUUUAAAAAAAAUGUGUAAAAGAACGGAAUUCUUGCGGAAGUUCAAAAAAUGAUGCAAUGAGUAGAAUUUAUGUGUUGUACAUUAUGUAGUACCUAUGUAAAGAUUUGAAACUGAAGAAAAAUUUUCAAUUUAGGCGACAAAAAAAAUUACACAAGAAAUAUAAAUUCACUUGCCAAAUGGCACUACUCAACUAAAAAUAUUUAACGUACCUAAUACUAACUUUUUUUCUUUAAUAAAAAAAAUUGAUUUUAUCUACAUAA